ACUCUGGCAACCAAAAAUUGGUAAACCAACAUGGACCAGUUCUUGUGUUUACAACAAACAGAUACAAGUAAUGUCAUCUGAAACUAGUUACAUCGGAACAACUACCCUAACGUUUCUCUAUUUAGAUCUGUUCAGAACACACAGGAACUGAUAUGCCGCUGCUUCGCCUGCUGUCAAUUGCUUUGUGUGUUUGUGUUGGGUUGGACAAGCUUAAGGCAUCCGCCUUCCUUCUAAAAACGUCCACAACACAGCAUGCUUGUAUCUGUAAUACAAACCACCCCCAGCUGGUGAUCUUUGAGUGUCCGGACCGGACCAGCCAGAUCAUCGGAUUUCUGUACCUACAGGAUUCGUCCUUUUCAGUGGACCUCAGUCCCAGCCACUGUAAAGCUAUAGCACCGUCCGUCAUCUCGCCAGAAGGCUGGUUCCCAGUCAUACACGACAGGAAGGUAGGCUUUAUAAGACGGGAUUCAGGUGUUAACAUACAAUCAUGCCCGGGACCCAACCAAACAUUGAAUGGGAUUCAACCAAAACCAUGUCAGACAUUCUUGAUUACAGGUAGUCCAGCCGCAGUCACUCUGACACCUCAUCCAGUCCCCCAAACAACUUCUCCAAGAAUUACUCCAAGUAAACAAAGUACGACCUCACCUAGAGCUACACCUGUACCAAGUACCUCACCUAGAGCUACACAUGUACCAAAUACCCAGCCCCCACCUACUACUACCACUUCUACUACCAAUACCACUACCACUAAAGGGACAACGACUACCAGUACCAGCUCCACUUCUAGUCCAAGACCACUACCCACAACUUUAGCUCCGCCAACUACACCGCAAAGCUCCAAUACAUAUGACCAUACUUGCAAUAAUGUCGAAGUUGUUAUUGAUCUUGGUAAACAUGAACCGAUUUACCAUGAGCAUGCGCGACCUUGUUCGGGGGGCGAUUCCAUGAACGAAGCUGUUUUGAUGAAAUACUGCUUUGCACCAAAACCUUCAAACUGGACUCAAGGGAGAAAAGUCAUUGAACAUUGCUCCGAUAUACCGCCUUACACCCCAAUCAAUAUGUUUGGAUUUGGUCAGAAUUUGGUCAUUUCUGGGAUAUUCAUCAAAUGCACCAGUGCAACAGAUUUUAUGAUAAUCCACCAAAAGGAUUGUGUAGGAGGACUGCACCUCGACACCAUUAACAUACAGAAUGGGUCGGGGAUGUUCUACGUCAUACACUGGUGAUUGUGGUGAAACAUAUCCUCAAUAAAGAAAUUCGAAGUUACAA